AUGCCAGACAUAAUCUUCGAUAUUGUGGGAACGUGUAUCUCGUAUGAGAAAGUCAUCGAGGGUAUCGAAACCCGUAUGGGUGAGCGGUUCAAAAAAUCGGGAAUCGAUCCCCGGUUGUUUUUCUUUUUCUGGCUAGCAGGUUGCGAAAGAGAUUACUCGUACCUUUCUCAGUGCGGGCAAUACCAACCAUUCCAAAAAGUGUUUAAGAGCACUUUCUAUAGAUCAUUGUUUUUUGCUGGUGUGAAGGAUCCAAGGUCUUAUGCUACAGAUGACGAUCUAGAGUUCAUCUACGGUGAAUGGUUCAAGUUGGAAGGACGUCCAGAACUCAAGCAAAUGUUCCAGAUGCUUAGAGAUAAUGGGUUCACUAUCUGGUGUCUGACCGAUGCCUCUCACGAGAGAGUGGCUGGAUAUUUCAAGCGCUCCGGAGUUGAGAUGCCGUCGGAGAAUUUGAUCUCUUGCGACUCGAUCGGUGCGGGAAAGCCUGAAAAGGAAGUCUACGAGUUUAUUGCCAAGAAAAUUCCUUCGAGUGCAGAGAAUGCGUUUUUUGCCGCCGCACAUAUGUGGGAUUCGUGCGCCGCAAAACAGGCUGGCUUUAUCACAGCAUGGAGCAGUGUCCAUGAGUACGAUCCUUGUACAGAAAUCUUCGGUACUCCGGACAUCCUGGCCACGGGUCUUGUUGAUCUGGCAGAAAAAGUCAUUGCUAAAUACAAGAGCUUGAAAUAG